UAUCACCCUGGCUACUGGUGUUUAGGGUUUAAGUUCAUUGAUAGCUUUACACGCGUAUAAAACCGCCAUGGCUGUAAAGCUAGAGAAUGUUACUGGCUUCAACCAGGACAGCUCAGUAAAGCUACUUUUCCCAAAGAUAUGGGAGUACCGACCGGCGGGUCGCAAGGAGCUCUCUCAUUGGUCGAAACACGAGGUGCCUUCACUACAGCUUAUUGGCGACCUGGAUACGGACCACUGGACGAAGCUCAAGAGAAAGCACAAGCAGUUCUCCAAGUCCAUGAAUAACCUGUCGUACACCCCCUUACCCCGUCACCUCCCCCCACAGCCAGAGAGUGGUCCACAAAGACACAACUAUGAACAGAUCAAACACCGAGAGGCUAUGAAAGAGAGAGCGAAGACCAUGUACUACACGCUACCCGAGGGUUACCGUGAGAGCUCAAGAGUAAAGAAGGCUGUUCCGAACGGAGCGUCCAUAUACAACCAGCACGCGCGGGAAGGAUUCAAAUUUUGGAUGACUAAGGACCUGGUUAACAAAGUGUCAUUUUGCUCAAAGUACACGUUUGGCUCCAAACAUACGCUGCACGGCCUGAGGAAUGCGCCGAGAAACUGAACAGUCUACACACAAGAAAUGAUUUAAUAUGAAACCCUGCAAGCGCGACUUAAAGAUACUCAGGCUGCCUUAUCAGGGUAUCUGAAGUAGGCGUGUACCCAGGAAUUGCUGAGGGGGGGGGGGGGGGUGCAGUCAUGGGUAUCAUAAGGACGAAGGAUAGUAUUUGAAGAUCCUUCAAUAAGAAAUCAACUAUUUUUGGGUGACGAAGGGUGGGCUGGGGGAUAGGGGCAACAUGCACCCUGUGCAUUCCCCUAUGUGCAUUCCCCUGUGCAUUCCCCUGUGCAUUCCCCUGUGCAUUCCCCUGUGCAUUCCCCUGUGCAUUCCCCUGUGCAUUCCCCUGUGCAUUCCCCUGUGCAUUCCCCUGUGCAUUCCCCUGUGCAUUCCCCUGUGCAUUCCCCUGUGCAUUCCCCUGUGCAUUCCCCUGUGCAUUCCCCUGUGCAUUCCCCUGUGCAUUCCCCUGUGCAUUCCCCUGUGCAUUCCCCUGUGCAUUCCCCUGUGCAUUCCCUUGUGCAUUCCCCUGUGCAUUCCCUUGUGCAUUCCCUUGUGCAUUCCCCUGUGUAUUCCCCUGUGCAUUCCCCUGUGCAUUCCCCUGUGUAUUCCCCUGUGCAUUCCCCUGUGCAUUCCCUUGUGCAUUCCCCUGUGCAUUCCCCUGUGCAUUCCCUUGUGCAUUCCCCUGUGCAUUCCCUUGUGCAUUCCCUUGUGCAUUCCCCUGUGCAUUCCCCUGUGCAUUCCCCUGUGCAUUCCCCUGUGCAUUCCCCUGUGCAUUCCCCUGUGCAUUCCCUUGUGCAUUCCCUUGUGCAUUCCCCUGUGCAUUCCCUUGUGCAUUCCCCUGUGCAUUCCCCUGUGCAUUCCCUUGUGCAUUCCCUUGUGCAUUCCCUUGUGCAUUCCCUUGUGCAUUCCCCUGUGCAUUCCCUUGUGCAUUCCCCUGUGCAUUCCCUGGUGCAUUCCCCUGUGCAUUCCCCUGUGCAUUCCCUUGUGCAUUCCCCUGUGCAUUCCCUUGUGCAUUCCCUUGUGCAUUCCCCUGUGCAUUUCCCUGUGCAUUCCCCUGUGUAUUCCCCUGUGCAUUCCCCUGUGCAUUCCCCUGUGCAUUCCCUUGUGCAUUCCCCUGUGCAUUCCCUUGUGCAUUCCCCUGUGCAUUCCCCUGUGCAUUCCCUUGUGCAUUCCCCUGUGUAUUCCCCUGUGCAUUCCCCUGUGCAUUCCCCUGUGCAUUCCCCUGUGCAUUCCCCUGUGCAUUCCCUUGUGCAUUCCCCUGUGCAUUCCCUUGUGCAUUCCCCUGUGCAUUCCCCUGUGCAUUCCCUUGUGCAUUCCCCUGUGCAUUCCCCUGUGCAUUCCCUUGUGCAUUCCCCUGUGCAUUCCCCUGUGCAUUCCCCUGUGCAUUCCCCUGUGCAUUCCCCUGUGCAUUCCCCUGUGCAUUCCCCUGUGCAUUCCCCUGUGCAUUCCCCUGUGCAUUCCCCUGUGCAUUCCCCUGUGCAUUCCCCUGUGCAAGCUCCUAAAAAGUGUAAGCAUUUUACUUGGGUAGGCUUGUAGAUAGGCAUUGUUCUACUUCUUUUUGCAGGGGGAUCCAGAGUUCAUUGAAUGCUAUCGAGUCUUUCUUUGCACUUAGAGAGCAAUAUAUGCAGACCCGAAGAAGUGUGUUCAAGUGUGCAAGAGUUAAUUAUAAUAAGAAGAAUUAUGAAUGACAGU